CCAUAACGAAUCAGGAGAAUCAGUCAUAUAAUCACAACAUCAAAAAACAAUAUAACAACAUAUAAGAAUAUUGUAAUGAACAUACUAGAGUAUUGUUUAUCUUGCAUAUAUAUUUAACUAAGUAUAAUAAUAUUAACCAUGCUGGGAAAUAUGGAUCUUAGACUGCUUAAGUUCGAAUCAUAUGAGGAUUACCUGAAAUCGCUCAUUAAAACUGAGGACUAUAGAUAUCUAUCGACUAUGCAACCUAUUAAAAAGCUGGUGACUCUCGGCUAUCGCUGCAGCGCCAAAGUAUAUGAAGAGAAUGAAUUUCACAAGCUCCGAAAACAACUGCAUGAGCAAAUAAAUCCAAAGGUGUCAAGCAUCCUCUAUGGCAAUUUCUUUAAAGGUACCGAUGCUGGCUUAAAAGCCCUGGUGGACCGUGAGGAAGCCAAUUUGUUACAGAAAUUAUCUACCAUUAUCUUUCUGCAGGUGCGACAGCGAAGUGGCUUCGACUUAUCCGGCUAUAUAGACUAUGAGAAGAGUUUGCGCGACUGCACCUUAAAAGCGCCCGAUCGCACGAAUUGGAAGGCUGUGUUUGAGGGUCGAGCUAGGCUGCGCCCGAAGCCAAACGAUUUGAGCUUUUACGACUGGCAUAGAAGUGUCUUAUGUUAUAAUGAUACCUAUAAUUUCGAGAUCGUGCGUAGCAGCGAUACUUUAAUGUUCAAGCAUAAAGCCGAUCACAAGCGUAUUCCGGUAUGCGAUAGUCCCAAUCCGUAUUCCGAAAAUGUAACUCGGGUUAUGAUUCCCUCCGAGAUAUAUGGUUAUAUUAUUUUAUAUGAUCACAUUAUAAGAUGAAAAAAUAUUAAUAAAAAAAAAUGU